ACAGCAGUGAAGGCCCAGGUAUAAAAUGCACGGCCCGCCACUGCUUUUGAGACAAAUGUUUAAAAGUUGAUCAUUAAAUAUGAGAGAAAGGUAUUAUACAGCAAUUUAAAUGUUUCAUAUUAGUUUAAUUUGAUAACUCUUGUCAGUCAGCUGUUUUUAAGCAGUAAGAGAAAACUCAACAGAAUUAGUCUUUUGAUGGCUUCAUGUUUGUCUAUAACUCUUCCUCUGAGGAGACAAGAAAUAUUUAACAACUAAAGAAAUUAAAUGUUUUCAAACGUGGAGCAGGUUUUAACCGAGGCUCUGUUUGUAAAUGAGGAAGCAAAGUUCACAUUCACAGCGCUGCUCCUCUUCCUGGAAUGAAGCACAGCUUGACAACCCCUCCUUCUUCCUCCUGCUCUCAAACACAGCCGCUCCACUCUGCCCACAUAUCUCCUUGUUCCCUCCCCUUCAGAUCUACAGUUUUAAAGAUGGGUGUAACCAACAUGGUGGUGAAGCGAUAGAGCUGACAGGCUCCAUUCACUGAACAAACACAUGUUGUUCAGAUCAGAAGUCAAAGCAGAGUCGCUUCUAGUGAAGUCAAACUCAGACAGUCGUUGUCACUGAGAGGUGAAAUGGCGCAGAAAGGACUUCAGCUGGAUCGGGAAACCUUCUCUUGUUCCAUCUGUCUGGAUCUACUGAAGGAUCCGGUGGCUACUCCCUGUGGACACAGCUACUGCAUGAACUGUAUUAAAAGCUUCUGGGAUGAAGAGGAUGUGAAGAAACUCCACAGCUGCCCUCAGUGUAGGCAGACCUUCACACCGAGGCCUGUCCUGCUGAAAAACACCAUGUUAGCAGUUUUAGUGGAGGAGCUGAAGAAGACUGGACUCCAAGCUGCUCCUGCUGAUCACUGCUAUGCUGGACCUGAAGAUGUGUCCUGUGAUGUGUGCACUGGGAGGAAACUGAAAGCCAUCAAGUCCUGUCUGCAAUGUGUGAUCUCUUUCUGUGAGAAACACCUCCAGCCUCAUUCUGAAUCCCCUGCCUAUGAGAAACACAAGCUGGUGGACCCCUCCAAGAAGCUCCAGGAGAACAUCUGCUCUCGUCACGAUGAGGUGAUGAAGAUUUUCUGCCGAACUGAUCAGCAGUGUAUCUGUUACCUCUGCUUAAUGGAGGAACACAAAGGCCACGACACAGUCUCAGCUGCAGCAGAAAUCACUGAGAGGCAGAGAGAGCUGGAGGUGAGUCGACUAAACAUCCAGCGGAGAAUCCAGGACAGAGAGAAAGACGUGAAGCUGCUUCAACAGGAGGUGGAGGCCGUCAAUCGCUCUGCCGACGAAGCGGUGAAGGACAGCGAGAAGAUCUUCACCGAGCUGAUCCGUCUCAUGGAGAAAAGAAGCUCCGAUGUGAAGCAGCAGGUCAGAUCCCAGCAGAAAAGCGAAGUGAGUCGAGUCAAAGAGCUUCAGGAGAAGCUGGAGCAGGAGAUCUCUGAGCUGAAGAGGAAAGACGCUGAGCUGAAGCUGCUCUCACACACAGAGGAUCACAACCAGUUUCUACACAACUACCCCUCACUGUCACCACUCAGCGAAUCUACAGACUCGUCCGGCAUCGAUAUCCGUCCUCUGAGCUACUUUGAGGACGUGACGGUGGCUGUGUCAGAAGUCAGAGAUAAACUACAGGACGUUCUGAGAGAGAAGUGGACAAACGUCUCACUGGCAGUGACUGAAGUGGACGUUUUACUGUCACCUUCACGAGCAGAGCCCAAGACCAGAGCUGGAUUCUUAAGAUAUUCAAGUGAAAUCACACUGGAUCCAAACACAUCACACACACAGCUGUUAUUAUCUGAGGGGAACAGAAAAGCAAUAUUAAUGAGAGAACAACAGUCUUAUUCUAGUCACCCAGACAGAUUCACUUCAUGUCAUCAGGUCCUGAGUAGAGAGAGUCUGACUGGACGUUGUUACUGGGAGGUGGAGUGGAGAGGAGGAGUUUAUGUAGCAGUCGCAUACAAGAAUAUCAGCAGAACAGGAAGCUCUAAUGAAUGUGUGUUUGGAUACAAUGACAUAUCUUGGGUGUUACGUUGUGUCAAAAACAGUUUUACAUUUUGGUACAACAAUAUCGAAACUCCCAUCUCUGGUCCUCAGUCCUCCAGAGUAGGAGUGUACCUGGAUCACAGAGCAGGGAUUCUGUCUUUCUACAGCGUCUCUGAAACCAUGACCCUCCUCCACAGAGUCCAGACCACAUUCACUCAGCCUCUCUAUGCUGGAUUUUUGAUUUAUGAUUAUGCAAACACUGCUGAGUUCUGUAAACUCAAAUAGACAAAAGUGAUUUAAGGAACAGCAAAUUAAUUUCUGUGUUUUAAUCUUGAAACUCAUUUUGUCUCCAUCAUUGUCGCUUAAUUGCUGAUUUCAGCUGUCAAUCAAACAUUGUGGGCGGUACUUUGACGUCUUCUCAUUAUUGUUGUGUACAUGUUUGAGUUUCUUUAGGUGGAGCUCCUUUCUGUGUGUUUAGCCAUGGAGGCUAUCACUGCUCAUGAUGAACUUUGUUGACCUGAACUGAUAUUUCUCUUCAUGAAAAAGUAAACUGCUCUGAGGUUUAAAUGUUUGAUAAAUAUUAGUAUUGAUGUAUUUGUUAGUUGUUGUUUCUCUUCUCUUCUCUUCUGAGAACUAAAGAUAUUUAGUUCUCAGCACUCUUUGUAAAUAUUUCUUUAAGUGAAAUUAUGUUUAUUUUCUAUAACAGAUUCAAUGUUGUUCUUGUUUUCUUAAUCGUUGUACAAAAGAGGUACUAUGAUGUAUUAUAUAACUAAUUAUUAUCAUCAUAAUCAAUAAGUAAAUCAUUCAUUAUUCUCUUUUACAGAACUGAGAUUCUGGUCAAACAAAUAGAUUAUGAGGAUGAAGUGAAUGUGUUCAUGAAAUCAUUGAACAAGAGUCAUUGAACAGACUUUACUGAUGGGAUGUGAACAAACUGAAGCUUUACAUGAUGAAUAAAGUAUUUCUUGAUUCAAAAAUGAACAAAGUAUUUUCUUCUUGUCUUAUUUACAGGGUUUCAUACAAAGCUGAUGGAGAAAAUGUGAAACUAAUAUGAGUGUAUAACCGAGUCAGUUUUCCUCCUGAAACACCACAAAGUACAGAGUUCAUGUUUAGAGCAGAAGAACAUUAGUCAGUCAGUCUCUGUCCUUGAAACUGUCCUCACUAAAACAUCUUCGUCACAGAGAAAUGAGCAGUUUUAUAUCACGUCGCUUCUUACAACCAACAUUCUGUUUGUGCACUUAGUCAAUAAAGGAUUUAUUACACCGACAUGAAAUAAUAUAUAAAAAAUUGUGAAUUAAUUUGGUGAAGUUUGGGUGUGAAUAAGAUGUAUUGAGUCCUCCUCACACAGGAGACAACAGAUACUGAUGAAAGCUCAGAAUGAGGCUGUCAUGUUGGUUCAGUGUUCAUCUGUCACCUCACAGCCAGACCAUGUUGUAAAGUUUGAAUCCAGACUCGACUCAAACUUCUUGUGACUCAUUUUGUCCAGGGUGAAAUCUGUCAACCCACCAAACAGCCUGCUGGCCUCAAGAGUUUCUCUAAUUUAUCCUCCGUUAG